UCAUUUCAAGCCUAAAGCUUGUUGGGGAAAGGCUAUUGCCGCUAAAACUAGAUAAAAUGUCUCAAAAUAACCGAAGGAACAGUGGGCCCAAGCCCACCGGAUGCACGAAAGCCUCAAGGAUUCGAGAGUUAAUAUCGGCCUUGGAUUAUGCGAACCGUGCUAUUCGAAGCUUGAAUAACGAAAUCAGAAAACUUGGGGCCGAGAAUGAUGUCCUCAUAUCUGAUCUACAGGGCGAGAAUCGAGUCCUAACGGAAGAGCAAAGGAAUGUAGAACUCCUUCUCAAGAAGCAGGAUAAAGGCAACAUACACGCCAAGCUGCAAGAACUGAAGUUGCAGAAAGUCUUCAUACAACAUUCUCUAAAAGCCGUGCUAGAAAAGGUCUUAUCUGCAUCAGCGCCAGCACUUGCCAAAAGAGAUGAGAAAAACCUCAAGUCCUCCUGCGGCGGGCUUCAGGAAGAAAAGGAGACCUUUGCGACGCAAAUUGCAGAACAGGCAAAGAACAAUGCCGCAAAAGAUGCACUCCUCGCACAACUGAAGAGAGAAAUUGAACAGGCGAAUGCACGUCCACUCGCAUGCACCGCCGAGAGCCAGACUUGCUCUCCAUCUACAACAAGCGUAGGGAGUGAAUGCACUACUGAAUGCGCCGAGGCUGAUGUCCAGGCCACUAGUGAAGUGACAGUGGCGUCAGUUGAGACACAAACGGAUGCUGUACCAGAGAGGCGCCCACACCGUGCAGUUCGUGCUUGGCAUCGCUUCCGUGAGAGCCUGCGCGGUCUGCUCAACCGCCAGCUGCACGGCUCUGAUGCAUCCUAAGCGACUUUAAGUGGUAGCUAGCAUACCUUUGAAGAACAACCUACAGCAACUGUUGUUCAGGGUGCUAGCUACCACAACAAAUAGACCAUCAGUAAGUGCAACAACCUUUAAAAUGAUGUAAAAACCAGGGGCAAUUCAAGUUAUCGGUGUGUUAUGAUCCUGAAUGGAUAAAACAGGAACCAGGAUUCGCCUUCCAGUGAAGAUGUGAUUGGGGAACAAAACUGGCACGGACAAUAUGACCCAAAUCGCGUUUAGGGCCAUGUUUAAGAGUAUAAUAUCUCUGAGAAAAAAAAAACUAAUUCUGAAAAAUGACCUUCUUAUUCUUUCUAUUGCUUUCAGGGAGAUGGCUUGGUCUCUAUAAUUGGAUGUUAACUAAGAAAAAAGUAUCAAAUGCAUUUCACUUCUACAUCAUUUUGAUACGAUUUAUAAUUUUGAAUACCUGUUAUCUGUAAAAACGACUUUUUUUAUACUGCAUAUAGAAGGUUUGGUUUAGAAAUUUAUAUUAUAGAACAGUGGUAAAUGUUCGCUGGUCUUCUUAGGCAAAGAUUUAGUGAAAAUCAAGAUUCUAACUGAGGGCAUCUAGCACAUGAGACACAUCAUACUAGUGCCCCGGUGAGGGGUAGGGGCGGGAAGGUAUUCCGCAUAACCACGUGUUUACACGUGGGCCCCAAUAUACAGGGUAUUAGCAGGAGCAAAAACAUGUGCUAGAUGCCCUCGCCGCAAAAAUAAAACAUCAAUAUACUAC